GUGGAAUCUCACAGUGUAUAAGCGUUGUGUGUGUGUGUUCUUACCAGGGAUUACUUUACCUUGGAUAUGACAUGCCUGCUGAGAUUUAUCUAGGACCUUACCCAGACGAUAUCGUCACCUUAUACAGAUGAACAAAUGGUCUGAAGCCUUACGCGUUUUUCUGGGGAGGUUUGGAUAUUGGAUUCAUGCGACGGAUUAGUUUAGGUGCUUUGGAGGGUUUCCUCGUUCAUCGGGAGUAGUCCUUAUCGGCAUUAUCCAAUCGGAUUACAGUACCGACGAUAAAGUGGAUUAGCCGGACAGCAGUUGCCAUGGAGAUGGAAGUCGUACAGUUCAUGGCGCUCUUUAUAAUGAUGAUCUCAUCUCAAAUGGACAGUGUGGUUGGACUGAGAUGCUGGCAGUGUAUAGCAGACAACUGUUACUUAGACCCGUCGGAGAACUACAAAGCCACUCAGAAGGAAUGUUUACCCGGAAGCUACUGUCAGAAAGUUAUUUAUUCUGAUCGCUUCAACAACACCACAAAUCCCAUCUCAAUCGUCAGGAGCUGUUCUAGUCGAUGUACCGACAAAGACAACUCCCAUAACUGUACGCUUUCAAAACGAGGAUGCGUCACGAGACAUUGUUGCCAAGACUCUGAUUUCUGCAAUGGCGGAGCACGGUUCGAGUCUACAUGGCAGUUUUUCUUGGGAUCAAUCUUGACGCCAUAUUGGCUGGUCCAAUAUGCAAGAACGUUUGCACAUGGAUGAUAAGAAUGAGGAACUCUAACAUUGAAGUGCUAUAAUGACAUUUUCUCAAAGAAUCUCUGUGGCAAUAUCAGGGAUCUUUGAAAGCGAGUUUUUAUGAAUACAACUUCUUACGAAUGUGUGCAUGUGUUUGAUAACACAGAAGACAAAGUGGUGCGUACCGAUGUUCCUGUCACAGAUUUUUUGGGACAGCAGCGCCAUAGCUGGAGGAUUAAGUGGACUGUCACCGUGACAUUAUGAUUAAUCAGUUUACAGAUGCAAGAAGAACUGUGUGAGGAGCGUAUUUGCCGUUGUUCAACAACAACAUAUCUGUGAUAUUUCUGUGAUCUAUAUUUCUGUUGUAUAUAAGCCAUGUGCCAGUAGAUGAAUGCAUCUAUGUUUAUACGUAUGGGACGGGGCAGCUGUGUGCGUUCCUGGUGCGACAUAUUGUCACUAAUCCACCACGGACAGCGACUAACAUUUGUGAGUCAUGUACAUGCUGCUGAAUAGUAGUAGAGAUGCAAUGCAAAAAAUAUAGUGUAACUUGUGUGGCUUUUACAUAUAAUUAACUCGUAUUAAAGACUAACUUUAAGAUUCCAAGUAAGCGUAGUUAGUUGUGCAUGGAGAAUAGGUAAGUCUGUAGGGUUUUAUCAGCGGACCGUUUAAUGACGACAGCAACUGACACUUGUCUUUUUUCUAAUGUUCACGCUAUUUGCUAUUUAAUAAUUGAAUUUCUGACAGUGACAGCAGGCAACUGUAAAUACAUUUUCUUAACUUUGUCAA